AUGUCUAGUCAAGAUCAAGUGUUCGCCUACGUCUUUGGCGACCAAACACAUGACAUCGCAGACACACUGAGCGGCUUGGCACAAUCCCACCAUGAUCCGCUGGUCAUCAACUUCCUUGAGCGGAGCUGCGGGGUGCUGAAGCACGAAGUUGCCCGCUUGUCUCCCGAGCAGCAGGAAAGGUGCCCACGCUUCGUCACGUUGGCAGAUCUCCUGUCACCGUACCGCUCCGAGACCCUCAAUCCUUGUUUCGUCCAGGGUUUGACUUGCAUCACACAACUUGGCCUCUUCAUCCGCCAGCACAGCAGCGGAUGCCAAGUUUAUCCCACACCUGAGAACAGCCUCUUGGCGGGAGCUUGCACAGGCGCGCUCGCUGCGGCGGCUGUGAGCUGUGCCCAUAGUGCACCCGGUCUUCUUCAACCUGCUCUUCACGCUGUUGCUGUCGCUAUUCGUCUGGGCGCCCUUGCCUGGGAUGUGGCCGACAGAGUCGCCAUCAAGCAUGAGGGACCAGGGUCCUCGAAUUCCUUCGAUUCAUGGUCUCGUGUCGCAACAGGAUCCAGCCGAAAGAUACUGGCCGAUGCCUUGCUGCAGUACGCAGCUGACACGGGGCUGCCAGUCAUCACCACUCCUUACAUCUCGGCCAUCAUCGGAACUACUCAGGCAACAAUCUCUGGCCCUCCGAUGGUCCUUUCAGACUUCUUCGCUUCGACCAUUGGAAAGUCCGUCGCUCCUGUGUCGGCAUCGCUGCGCAUCACGGCCCCCUACCACUCUGCCCAUUUCUAUAACGAGCUAGACAUUGAAAAAGUUCUAGCCGGCAUCAACCAGAAUGAUCUGUUCAAAGCCCGCAUUCCGGUCAUCUCGGCUAGCAUCAAGGGCCAGUUGCUAUCCACCAACGCGACCCUUCGCGAUGCACUAGAGCAGGCUGCCCGCGACUGUCUGGAGAGAGAGAUGGCAUUGGAGCAGCUACCCAUCCGCAUCGCCGAGCACAUCAAGCGCUCUGUCAAGUCAGUCGCCGGCAAUGUCACAGACGUAAUCAUUCAGCCUUUUGCUUUCCACAGCACAGAUCGCCUCGUCUCUCCUGUCCGCCGUCUGCUGCCGUCAGAAUCUUACUGGGUGCAAGAGAGAUCUCCUCUUGUUCCGGAGGAGCUCGCAUCGCGCGCCGCCAACGACGCUCUGGGUGCCAACGGAGGCGCCUCCAAGUCUCCCAUCGCUAUUCUUGCUGUGUCUGGCAGAUUCCCUGGCAACGCUGACACCAUGGACGCCUUCUGGGACAUCCUCCACAACGGAGUUGAUACUCAUGAAAUGGUUCCUGCUUCGCGAUGGAACGCCUCGGCCCACGUGGGCGAUCCCUCCGUGAAGAAUGUCUCAGGGACCGGCUUUGGAUGCUGGCUGCACCAGGCGCCCCUAUUCGAUGCCGCCUUCUUCAACAUGUCCCCUCGUGAGGCUGCCCAAGUUGAUCCCGCUCAACGCUUGGCUCUCUUGACUGCCGCCGAGGCGCUUGAGAAGGCAGGUAUUGUUCCCAAUCGCACAGCAUCCACCCAGAAACACCGUGUGGGUGUGUGGUUUGGUGCCACGAGCAACGAUUGGAUGGAAACCAACAGCGCGCAAGAUAUUGACACCUAUUUCAUCCCUGGCGGUAACCGUGCCUUCAUUCCCGGCCGCAUCAAUUAUCAUUUCAAGUUCAGUGGUCCCAGCUACACCAUUGAUACUGCCUGCAGUUCCAGCUUGGCUGCAUUACACCUGGCAUGCAGUGCUUUGUGGCGUGGCGAGGUGGACACUGCCAUUGUAGGAGGCACAAACGUCCUCACGAACCCAGAUAUGACUGCUGGUUUGGAUAGAGGUCACUUUCUAUCCCGCACUGGCAACUGUAAGACCUUUGACGAUGAGGCUGAUGGGUAUUGCCGUGGAGAAGCGGUGGUCACCAUCAUACUGAAGCGCCUGGAAGACGCGCAGAUGGACAAAGACCCUGUUGAAGCGUGUAUCUUGGGCGUCGCUACAAACCACAACGCCGAAGCCGAGUCAAUCACGCGGCCCCAUGCUGCCGCCCAGAAGGACCUUUUCGAGUAUAUUCUGACCGAGGCCAAUGUCAGCUCCAACGACAUCAGCUAUGUCGAGAUGCACGGCACCGGCACCCAGGCUGGCGAUGCAGGAGAAACCACUUCGGUUGUCACCACGCUUUCUCCGUUGACGGCGCGAGGUACAUCAGUCCGCCCGGCCACAAGCCCUCUUCACAUCGGCGCCGUGAAGUCCAACGUAGGACAUGGCGAAGCUGCUGCGGGUGUUACGAGUCUCGCCAAGGUCCUCAUGAUGAUGAAGCACUCGACCAUUCCGCCUCACAUUGGCAUCAAGACCAAGAUCAACCACAGACUGCCAGACCUGCAGGCCCGCAACACUCACAUUGCUACAGUGCCCACACCAUGGGUCAGACCGCAGAACGACAGUCGCCGGGUUCUCCUGAACAACUUUUCUGCCGCCGGCGGCAACACAGCCAUUGUCCUAGAAGACGCUCCCCCCGUCCUUGACAACCAUACUGACCCGGACCCGCGACGUCACCAUAUCGUGACUCUCUCAGCCAAGACAGGUGAAUCCUUGGUGUCUAAUCUGCGAAUCCUGAUUCAGUGGCUUGAUGAAGCGGCGUCGUGGAAAGACCCCAACCUCCUCGCAAAGCUGUCCUAUACGACAACCGCUCGGCGCAUGCACCACCGGUACAGGGUCGCGGUGACGGCUACCAGUAUUCCUCAGCUCAAGUCAUCGCUUCAGCAGGAACUCGACACGUGCAGUGGAGGCGGAAAGAUCCUACCUGCUCCGGCCAAGGCGCCAUGCUUCGUCUUCACCUUUACUGGGCAGGGCUCGCCGCAUGCUGGAAUGGGGGCGGACUUGUACUCACGGUUUGCGUCUUUCAGAAGCAGCUUACAGCGCUGUGAUCACUUGUGUGUUCAGAUGGGCUUGCCCUCGAUUCUUCUUCUCUUUGAGGAGCGGGAUUACUUCAGCCGGGCAUCACUCACUGCCCUUCAGUUGUCUCACGCCGCCUUCCAGAUGGCUCUUUGCAAGCUCUGGGAGUCGUUUGGCACCGUGCCCAAGGCUGUCGUCGGCCACAGCCUUGGAGAAUAUGCCGCCCUUUACGCAGCUGGAGCUCUGUCCCAGGCUGAUGUCCUCUACCUCGUUGGAAAACGAUCUCAGUUGAUGGAGGAGCACCUCGUCCAGGGCACCCACGCCAUGCUUGUUGUCAUGGCCGAGGCAGCGGCUGUUCUUGCCGCCAUUCCAGGUGUUGUUGGACGCGAUCUUGAGGUUUCUUGCCUCAACAGGAAGCAGAGCAUCGUUCUUGGUGGUACCGUUGCACAUGUAAAGGAAGCACAAAAGAUCCUGGAAGCAAAGGGUAUGCGCUGCGACGUCCUCGAUACCGCCCACGCCUUCCAUACCUCCCAGGUCGACCCCAUCCUUGCUCAGUUUCGCAAGGUUGCAAAGAGCAUUCAUAUCCGUCAACCCGCGAUUCCCGUCAUCUCGCCGACUCACGGCAGGGUUCUUCGGGAAGCCAAAGACUUCGGUGAGGGUUACCUGGCCGAGCACUGCAGAAACCCCGUCAACAUCAUGCACGCCGUGUCCGUCGCCAAGGCAGAGGGUGUCCUGGACGAGCGCACUAUUGCAAUCGAGAUCGGCCCCGCGCCUGUUGUUGCCCCCAUGGUGAAGGAAGUGGUGGGGUCACGAAUGCAGACGUUCGCAUCUGCUCACAAGACUAUCGACACCUGGCAGUUGAUAACUGAGGCCUUCUCGGGGAUGUACACCGCUGGUGCCAACGUCGAAUGGUCUAGGUAUCAUGCUGAUUUCCCCGAAUGCCAGCAAGUUCUCCAAGUGCCAUCUUAUGGGUGGACUCUCAAGGAGUACUGGAUGCAGUAUACCAACGACUGGAGUCUUCGCAAGGGCGAUGCUGCUGCUGCUUUUAUGGGACCCGCCAACUUGGCCUUCUCCUCCAUUUACAAUGUUGUGAAAAACACUCUCCAACCCAGUUCCGAUGGCGAGGUGGUUGUAGAUCUCGACCUCAACGCCGACGAUGUGCACUCGAUGGCACAGGGUCACAAGGUCUACGGCGUGCCUCUAUGCACUCCAUCUGUCUACGCCGACAUCUCUCAGAUGAUCGGAAAGUACGUCAAGCAAAUUACAGCCAUGGACGUCGACACCAUCGCGACCGAAGUGGCAGACAUGCACAUCCAGAGCGCCCUCGUGGCUAACGACGUCGGCCUUAAACAAGUCUUCCGAACCGAGGCCAGGUUUGACGCCGCGACGAAGUCUCUAUUCUGCACUUUCUCUUCCUUUGACGACAACGACAAGGCCUUGGAGCAGCAUGCCAGCUGCUCGAUCCGCUUUGUCCAGAUCGACGUAACAAAAUCUCGGGUUGAGCAGGCUGUAUCACAGGCAAGGAUUCGCAUGGAGGCCAUCCGGGCUCAGGUCGGCAGAGAUGACAGCACGUUCCGAUUCAGCAAGUCCAUGAUCUAUAAAAUGGUCGGCCAGCUGGCCGAUUUCGAGCCUGGGUACCGUGGCCUUUCCGCCGUCACCCUCAGCAACAACACAUACGAAGCUGUCGGCACCGUGUCUUUCAAAGGGAUUCCAGAUUUCGGGAAAUGGUUCUCCAACCCCGCCUUCCUGGACUCCAUCUCUCAACUGGCUGGGUUUGUCAUGAACGCCAACGAAUGUGUCGAUCUUGACAAGGAACUCUUUGUCAACCACGGAUGGGAGUCGAUGAAGCUACUUACUCCCCGGCUCGAUCCAAACACAACAUAUCACUCGUAUGUCAAAAUGACUGAGGGAAAGGACAAGUUAUGGUCCGGAGAUGUGAUCGUCUUUGACCAGGACCAGAACCUGGUUGGAAUCCUGGGCGGCGUUGCUUUGCAGGGCGUUCCGAAGAGACUGAUGAACUACAUUAUCAAUUCGGCCAUGAAAAAGGUCUCGAGAGAUUCUCCAUCAGCGAUCUCUCAGAUCAGGCCACAACCGCAGGCAAUCCCUGCUUCCGAGAUGGAUGCGACUUUCGGAGACAUUUACUCGGCCGAGACUCAAGCUGCUCCAACUUCGCAGCAGGCCACCGAUGACUCUUGGCCCGUGGUCCUCAAGGUCCUGGCUGAGGAAACCCGUCUUGAUCCAAAAGAACUUGCCGAUGAUGUCGUUCUGGCCGACAUUGGAAUUGACUCCCUCCUCUCGCUGGUCAUCUGCUGCAGACUUCGCGAAGAGCUUGAAGUCGAUCUUCCGGAACGUGCACUCUUCGAAGAGUGUCGUACUGUGGGCGACAUAAAAACGCGCGUUUCAAGGCCUGUCUUGUCUUUAUCAGGGUUUUCGAGGCGUGGGAGCGACCUCAUGAGCACGAAGUCUGACACCGAUUCAUCGAUCGGCUCGCCAGAUCUUGACAAUCCGGUAUCGCCUUUCUCGACUGUCAUGACCCCAAUAAACAGUCUUGACACGCCAGGUACUAGCCCCACGCUGGGCUCCUAUUUAAAGGUCAUCGACAAGGGCAUUGGAGAAUUCAAGGGUAACGUCGUGCCGUCGACGCCUUCUGCUACGGCUACUAUUCCACCAGCUUGGUCCAUGUACCUCCAAGGUUCUCGGACGAAAGCGAGGGAGACUCUCUUCCUCUUCCCAGAUGGCUGCGGGGUGGCUACUUCUUACUCGAGCCUUCCCACCAUCUCGCCGACUACUGCUCUUGUCGGCUUCAAUUCACCGUUUGCGAAGACUCCCAGCCGCAUGUACGAUCAUACCCUCCGUGAAGUCUUGCAGUCAUACGUUGCUGGACUACGGCAGAAGCAAGCUCAUGGACCUUAUCGCCUUGGUGGAUGGUCUGCCGGUGGCAUUCUUGCCUACGCAGUCGCCCAAGAGCUCAUCUCCGCCGGCGAGGAGGUGAUCUCUCUCACUUUGAUCGAUUCGCCUUCGCCCAACCACGGCCUUGACCACCUCCCCGAAAGGUUCUACGAUCACUGCAACAAGGUCGGCAUAUUCCGCAAAGUGUUGGAGCGCGGAUCGGACCAGUCCAAGCCUCCCGAAUGGCUGAUGCCGCACUUCCGCGCAACAACCGAGCUUCUGCACGAAUACCACGCCCCGCCGAUGUCUCCGGAAGCCGCGCGGAAGCUGCACGUCAAUAUCAACUGGGCCGGCGAGUGCGCCUUUGACGGCGUGACAUACCCGCACCUGCCCCCGGCGAUGAAGGAGGGCGAAGACUGCGAGGGCAUGAAGUUUCUGACCGAGAAGAGGAAGGACUUUGGCCCUGGAGAGUGGGCUCUGCUGUUCCCUGGUGCAUCUAUCACGACCACGGUAAUCGAGGGCCAGCAUCACUUCAGUAUGAUGCGUGGAAGUGGUGCAACCAGAUUGGUCGAGUCUAUCAGACGAGGAAUUUAG